AUGGAGUCCGAUCCCACGAAGAUUGUUGACGAUGGCGCGCCCAAGUUCAAGGGACCGGUCGAUUCGGAGCACAAAUCCGAGCGCUUCCGCAUCUGGAGCUUCCAGCGGCCCCACCACAUGGCUUUCCAGUUCAGCUGGCUGGCCUUCUUCGCGGCAUUCGUCUCCACAUUCGCACCCGCGGCCCUGCUGCCUGUCAUCCGUGACAACCUGGACCUGACGAAGGUGGACCUGGGUAACGCCGGGAUCGCCGCUGUCGUCGGCGCCAUUGCCGCUCGUGUGGCCAUGGGCAACUUUGUUGACGUCUACGGCCCCCGCUUCGGCAUCAGCAUCUGCAUCGGCCUCACCGCGCCGGCCGUGUACUGCAUCGGCAUGAGCACCAGCGCGAUCGGCUUCAUCCUGUCCCGCCUGUUCAUCGGGUUCUCGUUGGCCACCUUUGUCGCCUGCCAGUUCUGGUGCACCAGCAUGUUCAACACUAAGCUGGUCGGCACCGCCAACGCCUUUGCCGCCGGCUGGGGCAACAUGGGCGGCGGCUUCACCUCCUUCAUCAUGCCCCUCAUCUUCGACGGCAUCGCCGCCAGCGGCGUCGCCGUUUUCCAUGCGUGGCGCUGGGCCUUCUUCGUGCCAGCGUCUUUCCAGGUGCUGCUCACCAUCCUCACGAUGGUCAUGGCCCAGGACAUGCCCGACGGCAACAUGGCCGACCUCUACAGCCACGGCGCCCUCAAGAAGCCCGGCGGCGCGUCCGUCUGGAAGGCCGCCGUGUUCAAUUACCGCACCUGGGUGAUGGCCAUCACGUACGGCUAUGGUUUCGGCGUUGAGUUGACCGUCGACAACGUGAUCUCCCAGUACAUGUUUGACCAGUUCCACCUGCCCCUCUCCAUCGCCGGCAUGCUUGGCAGCGUCUUCGGCAUGAUGAACCUCUUCAGCCGCCCCUCUGGCGGCAUGAUCUCCGACUAUGCCGCCAAGCGGUUCGGCAUGCGCGGCCGCCUGUGGGUCAUGUGGGUCAUCCAGUCGCUGUCCGCGGUCUUCUGCAUCCUGCUGGGCCUCGUGUCCAACAGCCUCGGCGCGACCAUGGCCAUCCUCAUCAUCUUCUCCAUCUUCUGCCAGCAGUCCUGCGGCUUGUCCUUCGGUAUCGUGCCGUUUGUGUCCAAGCGGUCGACCGGCCUGGUGUCCGGCUUUGUCGGCGCGGGCGGCAACGCGGGCGGCGCCGUCACGCAGGCCAUCUUCUUCACCUACUUGUCGAUGCCGACCGACAAGGCCUUUGUCUGGAUGGGCGUCAUGUCGCUGGGCAUGACGGCGCUGUACCUGACUAUGUACUUCCCCAUGUGGGGCGGCCUGUUUGUGGGCCCUAAGGUCGGCGUCACCGAGGAGGAUUACUACCUGGCUGAGUACACCCCUGAGGAGAUCAGUAAGGGCAUGGCGUCCGCCUCCGUCAAGUUUGCUUACGAGAGCCGCUCCCAGCGCGGCACCAAGCCGGGCGCAACGGUAGAGGCGGCCGCCCCCAAGAUUGUUGCCAGCAGCGCGUGA